UCUCUCAUGGACUAAUGUUGAGCGGGUUUAUUAUGUUUAGCUUUGGAAACACUUUAGACAAAUAUCGUUACUGUAUAUACACUGUGGAGCGGAUUGAAAAAUCAUUGCAGUUCUCCGCCAGGAUGCGGCAGUGAUAAUGCUGCUGCCUGUGCUGGCUGUGCUGAUGGGGCUCUGGGCUGGUGGCCUGGCCGAGGCCCUGCCCAGGCCGGAGGAGGUGGACCCCAGCUCUGCUGACAACAAGACCUGGUGCUUCUCCGCCCGCAUCCGCAGCACUGUGCUGCAGGGUCUCCCCUUCGGAGGCGUGCCCACGGUCCUCGCCCUUGACUUUAUGUGCUUCCUGGUUCUACUCUUUGUAUUCUCCAUCUUGCGGAAGCUGGCAUGGGACUAUGGUCGGCUGGCCCUGGUCACAGAUGCAGACAGACAGGAUCAACGGUACCGGCGCCUGGACGAACGGGAAUACAUGCGCUUCUCGGCCUGUCUGAGUGUGCCCUUUGCCCCACAGAGGCAGGACGCGCACAGGGAAAGUGUGGCGUCCGCCAUGCAGUCGCAGACGCCUGACCGCUACGAGCGCCUUACCUCCAUCUCCAGCUCCGUCGACUACGACCAGAGAGACAAUGGCUUCUGCUCCUGGUUAACAGCCAUCUUCAGAAUAAAGGACGAUGAAAUCCGGGAGAAGUGCGGGGAGGACGCCGUGCACUACCUGUCCUUCCAGCGCCACAUCAUCGGCUUGCUGGUGGUGGUGGGCGUGCUCUCCGUCGGCAUCGUCCUGCCUGUCAACUUCUCAGGAAACCUGCUGGAGGGUAAUGCGUACAGUUUCGGGAGAACCACUAUAGCCAACCUGAAGUCGGGGGAUAGCCUGUUAUGGCUGCACACUACGUUCGCUUUCCUGUACCUGUUGCUGACCGUGUACAGCAUGAGGCGCCACACAUCCAAAAUGCACUACAAAGAAGAUGACCUGGUGAAGCGCACUUUAUUUAUCAAUGGGAUUUCAAAGUAUGCUGAGGAGAAGCACAUAAAGAAUCACUUUGAACAGGCUUAUGAGAACUGUGUGGUGUUGGAGGCUCGUAUUUGUUACGAUGUGGCCAAGCUGAUGUACCUGGACUCUGAAAGGAAGAAGACCGAGCGCAGUAAGAAGUUCUUCACAGACCUCGAGGCCAAAGAGCACAUCCACACCAUGAUCAACCCCAAGCCCUGCGGACACCUGUGCUGCUGUGUCAUCAAGGGCUGCGAGCAGGAGGAGGCCAUCGACUACUACACUAAGCUGGAGUGCAAGCUGAGAGAGGAGUACAAGAAGGAGCGGGAGAAGGUCAACACCAAACCCCUGGGCAUGGCCUUCGUUACCUUCCAGAAUGAAGCCAUGACCGCCAUGAUCCUGAAGGACUUCAACGCGUGUCAGUGCCAGGGUGGCUGCCAAUGCCGACGACAACCCAGGUCAUCCCAGUUCAGUACUAGCCUGCACACCUUCGACUGGACUGUCACCUACGCCCCAGACCCCCAAAAUGUCUACUGGGAGCACUUAUCUUUGGGCGGCUUCUCUUGGUGGGUCCGCUGCUUGAUCAUCAAUUGCCUCCUCUUUAUCCUCCUCUUCUUCCUCACCACGCCUGCCAUCAUCAUCUCUACCAUGGACAAGUUCAACGUAACUAAACCCGUGGAGUACCUAAAUAAUCCCAUCGUCACCCAGUUCUUCCCCACCCUGCUGCUGUGGAGCUUCUCUUCCCUGCUCCCCACCAUUGUCUACUACUCCGCCUUCUUUGAGGCCCACUGGACACGGUCUGGGGAGAACAGGACCACCAUGCACAAGUGCUACACCUUCCUCAUCUUCAUGGUCUUACUACUGCCAUCUCUUGGACUGACCAGUUUGGAUCUUUUCUUCCGCUGGCUAUUUGACACAACGUUCCUAGACAAGGCGGCUGUCAGAUUUGAGUGUGUGUUCUUGCCAGACAACGGGGCGUUCUUUGUGAACUACGUGAUUGCGUCAGCGUUCAUCGGUAAUGCCAUGGACCUGCUGCGGAUCCCCGGUCUGCUCAUGUACAUGAUACGCCUCCUACUCGCGCGCUCAGCCGCUGAGAGGAGGAACGUCAAGAGGCACCAGGCCUAUGAGUUCCAGUUCGGGGCGGCCUACGCCUGGUUGAUGAACGUCUUCACCGUGGUCAUGACCUACAGCAUCACCUGCCCCAUCAUCGUGCCCUUCGGCCUGAUGUACAUGCUGCUGAAGCACCUGGUCGACAGGUACAACAUGUACUACGCCUACCUGCCCUCCAAACUGGACAAGAAGAUCCACUCGGGUGCAGUGAACCAGGUGGUGGCUGCGCCCAUCCUCUGCCUCUUCUGGCUUCUCUUCUUCUCUGUGGUGCGCAUAGGUUUUCGGGCCCCCACCUCGAUGUUCACUUUCAUCGUCUUGAUUAUCACCAUUAUCGUUUGCCUCUCCCAUGUCGCCUUUGGCCAUUUUAAAUACCUCAGUGCUCAUAACUACAAGAUUGAUGUCAGCUCAGAUGUAGAUGGAGUGGAGAAUGGUCGUCCACCAAAUGUCUCCGCGCCCUCCAAGGCCACGUACAUUGCCCACGUGCUGCAAGAGAUGAACAUGGACGACUUGGGCUCAGGCGGCAGUGACAACGACGGCCAGGGGUCCUCGCAGGACGAGGACAUGAUCAACCCAGUGGUCAACGAGGGCGACUUUCAGUCUGGGGAAGAUCGUCUCAUCGCCAACGAGGUCCAUCAGUAACCCCUCUCGGGUAGGGGGGGGGGACGGUCAGGGUAGGGGACACGCUCCCCCACUGAACUCUGCCACUGACAACAACAAAAAACAACAACAAGAAAUCAACAACAAAACACUGACUAGGAGGCGAAAGUAGCUCCUGGAUGCCCACCCGCGCCCCUUCCUGCAGUAGCCUGUGCUGGCGGGUCAGGGGUCAGGGCCGCUUUUUCCUCCAGCCUUUCCGCACCCCCUCCUCGUCUGAUGGUCAGCACUCCAGAGAGAUGAACUGGCUGACGUUAUAGCGUUUCCUUUUCUACUUAAGUUAGCUAAACCCCACUCACUCACAUGUUAUACUCUAUCGACUGACAAGCACUCACCUCUCCCUUCCCUCCACCCUAUCAUGUACGUGUGUAUACACACACACACACACACACACACACACACACACACACACACACACACACACACACACACACACACACACACACACACACACACAUACACACAUACCAACAGCAGGAUAGUGGUUGGGAAUGUUUGGGGCCAUGACGACAGAUCGACUGUGUUUGAGGUCCCUCCUGUGGAUCCCCAGGCUGAGAUGAGAGACUUAGUAAAAAAAAAAACACCUCAGGAGUGUCGCUCCCAUGGUCGUCAUCGACUCUAAACUGCUAAUAUUCUCACACUCUCUUGUUCAUUCAUCCCUCCAAACUCCCUGAGAGAAAACACUACAUUGUUAUAUCCCUUUGUUAUUUUUAAUCAUUGGUCAAUAAUGUGAUCUGAUUUGUUUUUUGUCCCCCUCCAAAUUAAGUUCUUAAUUAAGUCCUUAAGUUCUUAAUUAAGUCCUUAAGUUCGAUCUUCUUAAAGUGUAAAGUGUUGUCAUUAUGUUAACUAGUCUAUAUCUUGGUUUUGUCCACUGCUGUUAAGACUUCAGAAAAAAUUGAUACUGUACAGAACACCUCGAUGGAGAACUAGCUGUAAAACGUUCUGUUGACGUGGUUGUCAGAACCUUUGUCUCCUAGUAACGAAACUACUAAAACUUCUGAUGGGGUCUAAUGACUGCUUUUGGCGUACAGAGCAUGGGUCAAGUUCUCAUAACUCGAACUUUGCAUAGCCUAUGGAGUAGGUUUCUCUUUUAUAGUAGGCCAGCUUCUGUGAAAGACUUGGGUGUCCGUCACCCCCACAUUUACUCUUAUAAGAACUUCCUUAGGAGCGGAAAUGUUUCGCGGUUUGCUUUGGUGUUCACACUGUCAACACUCCCAAUGUCGUUCCUAUCCAGAUCCAUCAAUUUCAGUCAGGUUAGCUCUUGCUUAAAAGUGGAAUGAAUGUGAGACCAGUGCAUGCCGUCUGCGGAAAAGUUCCUCAUGUUUUGAGCUGCUUUUGAUUUCUGUGAGGAGUUGGAAUGAAACUGAUUAGAGCUUGAGCUCAUUCGAAAUGACGUCUUCUGACAAAUGAUAUCAACAUGCACAGCAUGUACAGGACUGUACAUCCCAGGACUAAGUCAUGUACAGGACUGACUUAGGAUUUCUUUUUUUCUUCUCACAUAUACUAAUUAAUUUUUUAACGAAUCAUGAUUUCACUAAUAAGCUUUCCUGACCACUGUGGUUUUUAAACAUUGCCUAAUCUAAACAGUUAGUUACUAAAUCUACAAAUGUCCCAUGUGUCGGCCUUAUUAAUCAAUGUUAUUUGGAUAUGCACAUUCCCUCUGUAAUUAAGUCAUUAAAUAUAUGAGAUAUAAUUACAAUAUUAUGUUCAUGACUAUUACCCAGAUCCUCUGGGUUUAUGACAAAGGAUCCAUUUCAGUAGCAAUACGGUUUCCCUGCUGAUGAGUAACUUUAGCAAUAUGUAGGCAUCCACUCUGGAUUUAGCCGUUUUUGAAAAGCUAUAGAAAAGAUUGGAUCAUGCCUAUGAUGUGCUGCUGAACUUUGUUGCCGUUUGGCCCGUGUCUGCCUCUAUUGAUUUGAGGUCAUACAUGUACACUACACGUGAGAUCAGGAAGUGUGAUUGUGCUCACAAUUUCCCCAAGUAAUUUGUUUGAACUCCACAAAACCUCAGUGAGUUCACAGAGUUUUUUUUUUUCUCCCCCUCAAGCCAUUUACACAAUAAUUCUGUAUUGUCUCAUCUUUUGGGAAUGUUUGCUUGUGACCUAAUUAGUUAUGACCUUCAUUAGGAGGUUGAAUGCUCUAGUGACUAGUGAGAUUACUCAAUGUAGCCAGGUGAUGUGCAAGAUGAAUGUAUGAAUGCACUGAUGCCAUUCUCUAAGAAUAGAAUUGUUCCCCGCUGCAUACUGUAUCCGACUGUACAUGGACAUCUUGAUAGUUUUAAUAAUUUAUUAACAUCUCAGCAGUGGCAAAUAGUGUUACACAUUAGGAAUAAUCUAUUCCAUAUUUAUUGCUCUCUAUUUUUGUUUGUUUGUUUGUUUGUUUCAUCAUGAAGGCAGAUUUGCCUGGGAUUGGCCUGUGGUCAAUGGAGCUGUUUAAUUUGUGAAAUAUAUAUUUGUGUACAUAGAUUAACUGCACUGCUCUUCAACACUAUGCUUUGGUAUUUAUGACUACGUUUGUACAGUUGUAAGCAGUUUAAAAAAAAAAUGGUAUGUACAGUCACCAUGUUUCCUGGUUUACUCUGGUCUCUGCGAUCACAAAUUGUUUCUUUUCCACUCUCUCCAUAUGAAAUCUGUCACUGGAGGCAAUUUUUCAUAUUUAGGGGAUUUCCCAGUUUUUAAUAAUUUUGUAAAUUAACUACGUUUUCUCUCUCUCUCUCUCUCUCCAAAAAAAGACUGUAUAUUUGGCAGAAACCACUGUCAACCCCUUCCAAGUCUUUGAACAAUAAAAUGGCAUUUACUAAUGAACUGA